AUGUCUUUGAAGUGUAAACAGUGUGGCAAGUGUUUUAGCCAAUCAGGAAACCUAAUGCGUCAUGAGAGAUUUCACACUGGGGAAAAGCCUUAUGAAUGUCAACAGUGUGGAAAGCGUUUUCGCCGAUCAGGAGACCUGGGGACUCAUAAAAGAGUUCACACUGGGGAAAAGCCUUAUAAAUGUAAACAUUGUGACAAGUGUUUUAGCCGAGCAGGAAACCUAAGGACACAUAAAACAGUUCACACUGGGGAAAAGCCUUAUGAAUGUAAACACUGUGGCAAGUGUUUUAACCAAGCAGGACACCUAACGCGUCAUGAAAAAGUUCAUACUGGGGAAAAGCCUUACGAAUGUAAACAGUGUGGUAAGUGGUUUAGCGAACCAGGAACACUAAGGAUUCAUGUAAGAGUUCACACUGGGGAGAAGCCAUUUGAAUGUGAACAGUGUGGCAAGUGUUUUGCUCUAGCAGAAACGCUAAAAAUUCAUGAAAGAGUUCACACUGGAGAAAAGCCAUUUGAAUGUAAACAGUGUGACAAGUGUUUCAGCCUAUCAGGAGCCCUAAAGAGACAUGAAAGAGUUCACACUGGGCAAAAGCCUUACGAAUGUAAACAGUGUGGCAAGUCUUUUAGCCAAUCAGGAUGCCUAAGGGUUCAUGAAAGGAUUCACACUGGGGAAAAGCCUUACGAAUGUAAACAGUGUGGCAAGUGGUUUAGCGCAGCAAUAAACCUAAGGAAUCAUGAACGAGUUCACAGUGGGGAAAAGCCUUAUGAAUGUAAACAGUGUGGCAAGUGUUUUAGUGAAGCAGGGAAGCUAAAGGUUCAUGAAAGAGUUCAUACUGGGGAAAAGCCUUAUCAAUGUAAACAGUGUGGCAAGUGUUUUAGUGUAUCAGGAACUCUACGGAGACAUGAAAGAGUUCACACCGGGGAAAAACCUUAUGAAUGUAAACAAUGUGGAAAGUGUUUUAACCGAAGAGAUCUACUAAAGAUUCAUGAAAGAGUUCAUACGGGGCAAAAUCCUUAUGAAUGUAAUGUUUUGGUGAAGCAGGAACCCUGAAGAAUCAUGGAAAAGUUCAUACUGGGGAAAAGCCUUAUGAAUGUAAACAUUGUGGCAAGUGUUUUAGUCAGUAGAGCGGUUUUAGGAGGCACGAAAACGUCCACAGUAGAAAAAUGUCGCAUAAAUGUGACAGUAACAAAGGUCCGUUUAGACGUGUUCAUUGUAGGCCUAAGAGAGGAGGUAGUAAUAUAAGGUCAGGAUUGACUAGCAACACACUGUCACCAAGAGAAACUGGUGACAGUGUCAGUAUGAAUGGUCAAUCAGUCAUCAUUGAGAAACACAGCUGUUGGAUUUGUCAAGAGGAGAUGAGUAUUGAGGCUCUUCUUCCUUAA